UUCACUCCUUGUAGCGAACUCUAUUUCGCAACGGUAUCUCUCAUUGUCAGUUUUGGAGUAAGCAUGAGAAUUUUGGUAAAGAAAACACACGUUGUACACGCGUCUUUCGUUCUAUGUACAUAAGUUUCGCUGUUGUUCCUGAGGCGCUUCAGUUCGACGAAGUACGAUGAUCAGGGGGUCGCAAGGUAAAGGGAGAGAGAGAGGCUGCAAUGUACGGAUCAAGGUUACACUCGAGUUCGUGUUAAUCUACGUCAUCCUCUGCCAAGUUUAUGGUGCGUGCGCAUAGGCGCGUGUUCUCGAUUUUCACUUGCGGUAUACAUAUAUGUUUACGUGCGCAUUUGUCUGCAGUUUUGCAGCUUCUGUCGAGGGUAUGGAAUGGUCCCAACAGGGUAUUGGCUGGCAAAAACGCUGAACAAAAAAUGAUAUCAAUUCUAAGAAACAAAUUUCCUCAAGCCAAAGUUAUAGAAGUUAAUGAUGUCUCAGGAGGAUGUGGUGCAAUGUUUGAGAUAAAUGUUAUUGCACCAGAAUUUAAAGGAUUGAACACUAUUAAGCAACAUCGAUUAAUUAAUGAUGCACUUAAAGAAGAAAUUAAAGAUAUGCAUGGAGUAAGAAUAUAUACAAGUGUUCCUGAAGCUUAGAUAAUUCUUAAUUUUUUACAGAACUAUUUCUUAUAUAAGUGAAUGAUUAAACUGUAUAAAGUUUUGUAAAUUUUACAUAUAAAUAAUCAUAUACAUA